AUGAAUGGUGCCUCAGAUGAGAAUGCCGAAAAUAGGUUCGGAGAAGAAAAUGAGGAAAAUCAACAUUUUUUACGACGGAAAGCACAGCGGAAGUGCCGUCCCCAUGCUCUUGCAUAUCGUAAUACAAAUAUUGGUGGAUCGCUCAGUCAAGAAUGUGAAUUGCUGCACAAGAAAAGAACUUAUGUAUCAAUUUCUAAAAAAUCUCUGCUGCUCGACAAGAGAAGAAAGCACAAUACUUUCCAAGAAAGAAAUCAGGAACCCCCGACAAGAAGUCGAUGGCUUCCAACAGGAAUGCCUGCCUUUACUGUUUUUUGUGAUGAAGAUAAUGGCCAAGAGGUUGCUAGUUCGAAAAAUUCUGAGGAGAAUGAUCGACAACAGGGAGAAAGAAAUAAGAGAAGUGGAGAAAUAUCCACAGAAUAUUUGCAGGUACCAAGGAAAAUUAGACGUCCUCUUGCAAUUUUGUCACCGAAUCGUGAAGAUUCGGGUUCGGAGGAUAGCAGAACUCCCCUUACAAAUUUGUCACCGAAUCGUGAAGAUUCGGAUUCCGAGAGUAACAGGCGCACUCUUUCAAAUUUGUCAUCAAAUCGUAAACAAUCAGAUUCGGAGAAUAGCAUAUCAUCUGAUACCAGUCUUGAAACCAAUGAGGAUGAAGAUAGUUAUUAUUCAAGAGGUAGCAUUGCUUCUUCGGCUGAUUAUCGCGACAUUUAUGCUAACGAGCUGCGUCUUGAUGACGAAAUGGCACCUAAUGUUGAUUCGGUUUCAUACAGUAUCCAAAGAGCACCUAGACACUUUCCAAAUACUUCUAGCCAAGUGCCAAGUACAAGUAGCAGUAUAAUAUAUACUAUAGAGGAACAUGAGGAUCGAGUGCGUACCGAUCCAGUGUACGAUAUGGAUAUCUAUGUUUAUAUGAGGUAUAGGGAAUUAAAACUAUGUCCUUCUGGAGAUUUUUUAGAAUUUCAAGAAGAAAUAUGCGGUGAAGUGAGGCGUCUUCUUGUCGAAUGGAUUUGUGAUUCAGCUCGGGAAUUCAAUUUAAGCACGGAAUCCCUGCAUAUGGCGGUUUCAAUCGUCGAUCGAGUGUUGAAUACGCUUCAGUGUCCACGUGAGAAAUUGCAACUACUUGGUGCUGUAGCUCUGUUGCUUGCAUCAAAAUUUGAAGAGAUUUAUCCACCAGAAAUGAAAGAAUUCGCUAGAAUUACUGCUUAUACGUUUCACGAAAAAGAAAUUAUAAGAAUGGAACGAAUAGUUUUUGCAAGAAUAGCAUAUCAGCUGUUAGCACCUACGUCGUGGUGGUUCGCCUCGCGACUAGUGCGCAUGGCUCAUGUUCCAAGAAUAAUUUAUUGUAUGAUGAGGUAUCUGUUAGAGCUUGCCCUUCUAGAUCAUACAUUUCUGGAUUUUCGACCAAGUGUUAUUGGGGCAGCAUCAUUCUUUCUCAGUAAUGUGAUCUUUAGAUCCGAUUACCUGCUUUCAAUUACGGAGACAGAUAUUGGCCUUGACGAACUUCGAUCACCUGCCCGAAAAAUGCUUGAACUUUUCCAUGAAGUUCCGAAUAAAGAUUACUGUAGUGUUUUUGAGAAAUAUGCAACGGAGAAAUACGAGCAGGUCUCUUGUUUAAUACUCCCAGAUAAUUUUUCUGAAUUAGAUAUUGCUCAUUAA